CAGUUUUUGUCUUUGGCUUCCAACCAGAAAAAAAAAAAAAGAAAGAAAAGAAAAAAAAGCUGUCAUAGGCAGAGACCUAAAGAUAUUUUCUUAUUUUUACAAAAGAGAGAGACAAGAGAGAGUGUAGACAGAGCAGAGGCGAAGAAGAGAGUGUUAAGGGUUAAAGGGGCAGCAUUUUCAAAGCUAAAGAGUAUCAGAGACAGAGGAAAAAUGAGAGAAAUAAUAAGCAUUCACAUAGGACAAGCAGGGAUUCAAGUAGGAAACUCAUGUUGGGAGCUCUACUGCUUGGAGCAUGAAAUCCAACCAGAUGGAAUGAUGCCCAGUGACACUUCAGUGGGUGUUGCACACGAUGCUUUCAAUACCUUCUUCAGUGAGACUGGAUCUGGCAAACACGUUCCCAGAGCUGUUUUUGUCGAUCUGGAACCAACAGUCAUUGAUGAAGUUAGAACUGGAUCUUACAGGCAACUUUUCCACCCGGAGCAACUUAUUUCUGGGAAGGAAGAUGCUGCUAAUAAUUUUGCUAGAGGUCAUUACACAGUUGGGAAGGAAAUUGUGGAUCUCUGCCUUGAUCGAGUGAGGAAGUUGGCUGAUAACUGCACUGGCUUACAAGGGUUUUUGGUGUUUAGUGCUGUUGGUGGUGGAACUGGUUCUGGUCUGGGUUCUUUGUUGCUAGAACGUUUAUCUGUGGAUUAUGGAAAGAAGUCAAAGCUUGGGUUCACCAUUUAUCCUUCUCCUCAGGUCUCAACUGCAGUUGUGGAGCCUUACAACAGUGUGCUCUCUACUCAUGCCCUUCUUGAGCACACAGAUGUUUCUGUGCUUCUAGAUAAUGAAGCUAUAUAUGACAUUUGCCGAAGAUCUCUAGACAUUGAAAGACCAACUUACACCAAUUUGAAUCGAUUGAUAUCUCAAAUUAUAUCAUCUUUGACCACUUCAUUAAGGUUUGAUGGAGCCAUUAAUGUGGAUAUUACAGAGUUCCAGACUAACCUUGUACCAUAUCCUCGUAUCCACUUCAUGCUUUCUUCAUAUGCACCUGUCAUCUCAGCUCAAAAGGCAUAUCAUGAGCAGAUAUCAAUUCCUGAGAUCACGAAUGCUGUUUUUGAGCCUUCAAACAUGAUGGCUAAGUGUGAUCCUAGACAUGGGAAAUAUAUGGCCUGCUGUUUGAUGUACCGAGGAGAUGUUGUCCCCAAGGAUGUCAAUGCUGCUGUUGCUACAAUAAAAACCAAAAGGACCAUUCAAUUUGUUGACUGGUGUCCAACUGGCUUCAAAUGUGGCAUCAACUAUCAGCCUCCAUCUGUUGUUCCUGGGGGUGAUCUUGCCAGGGUACAGCGUGCUGUAUGCAUGAUCAGCAACAACACUGCCGUGGCUGAGGUGUUCUCUCGCAUUGACCACAAAUUUGAUCUCAUGUAUGCCAAGAGGGCAUUUGUUCACUGGUAUGUCGGUGAAGGCAUGGAAGAAGGAGAAUUCUCCGAAGCCCGUGAAGAUCUUGCUGCCCUUGAGAAAGAUUAUGAGGAAGUUGGUGCUGAAGGUGGAGAUGAUGAAGAGGAGGAAGGUGAUGAUUAUUAGUAACUUUCUGCCGGAGAAUGUUUAUUUGGAGAUUGAUUCAAUAUUGUGAGGAUUUGCUACUAUUCUUCCCCCUUAGUAUAAUUCAAUUAUGUUUCUGGUGUGCAGCACUACUGUGUUGUCAGUAGCUGUGAAAUUGUCAAAAUGGUCUAUGUUGCUAUUAAAUGUUUUUUGGGAGCCAAGGUUAUUUCAAACCAAGAAUCAUGACAAAUAUGAUGAUCUCUUUCAGAAUUACAAUAUAUUGUAUUCUUUCUCAAUCUCAUCUUUUGGCAAAUGAUAUUACUGGAGAUUCUUUGCCUUAGUUUA